AUGUACGAUGAGAUGAACCGAAAACAUAGGUGUCUUUGGGAUCCAAAUAAUACAACCCAAGACAAACAUGAGCGAGCUGCAUUGAUUCAUAAGAGAUUACUAGCAGAUGGACUUCUCGAUGAUGCAGUCAUGAUUCCCACUCGGCGUGCCGAAAUUUCGGAAAUACUUUUGAAUCAUCCAAAUGAAUUGAUACUCGAGUUGGAAGCAUUAAGAACACCUGAUGAACUUGAGGAAUACUGCAGAAAAAGAGAGUUGCUAUGGUUAGCUCCAGAUUCAGCUUGUGUGGCACGUUUCAUGGUUGGAGGAGUUAUAGAUUUACUCAAGGCCAAUAUCGAAGGAAGAAUUGGUAACGCUUUUGCACUUACACGUCCUCCUGGCCAUCAUUCCUAUGCUAAUUCUCCACAAGGCUUUUGCAUAUAUAACAACGUGGCAAUAGCUGCGAAAUAUGCCAUUGAACAUCUUGGAAUAAAAAAGGUGAUUAUCGUUGAUAUAGAUUAUCACUGUGGAAAUGGAACUUAUCAUUCGGUUAAGGAUGAUGAGCGCAUUUUGUUCGUCAACUUUCAUUCAUAUCACUAUGGAGCAUUUUGGCCAUACUCAAAGGAAUACGACUAUGACAAUAAAUACCGCAAUGUUAUUUCGAUUCCACUGAAUUCUACAUUGAACAGCGAAGGUGAUUAUAUUGCAGCGUUCAAUCAUCUGAUAAUACCAGUAGCACACGAAUUCGGAGCCGAACUUGUACUCGUUUCACUUGGUUUUGAUGCCGCCUAUUAUGAUGAUUUAUUAGAGCAUGGUCAAGGAAUUAAAGCUCAUGGUUAUGGAUAUUUAAUGCAAAUGUUACAUAAAAACUGGCCGAAUAGAGUGCUAGCAAUGCUGGAAGGCGGCUACUUUUGGCGAAGCUAUACGGAAUGUGCGGCGAUGGCGACUCGUGGACUCAAGGUGGGUUUGCCCAUACCUGCAUUAGACCAUCCAAAGCGAGUAAAUCCUUGCUUAGCGGAUACAUUGUGGCGAUUAAUGUUCCAUCAUUCGAAAAAUUGGAAAUGCGUUGAAAAACACUUAGAAAAGCUGCAGAAAAUGCAGAUCAUAAAUGGAGAGCUGCGCUACGUACCUCCUCAAUAUAAUAUAUUUCUCGGUGAGAAUUUCCGUGAAAUGUGGGACCGCGUUAAAGAAUUGGCGAUAUCGAGGACGAGAAAUUGGAUAUCAGGCAUGACAGAGAACGAAAUUGCUAUUGCAACGGCUAAAAUAGAAGAAUAUAUAAAAGAAUACAAUUAUGAAAAAGAAACUUAUGAAUUCAACGAACGUGAAUUAUUGGAGCAAUUAUUGUGGAAUUCUGAACGUGCGAGCGAGGCAUAUUUAAAGUCGAUUCCAACAACAAUGUGGUUUUAUUCGCAAAUAAAAAAAUGUUUGGAAAGCGAUGAUGGAAGAUACUUAAUUCUCGACAUGGAAGCUUAUUAUAGAAGAACGCGAAAGAAUUGA